AUGCUUUUUUCUUGGCUUUAUUCACUGCUUAAAGAAUUUUAUUAUUGUUUCUUUGGGAAACCACUUGACAUUUUCGUUUGGGGAUUGGAGGAAAGCGGAAAACAGACGACAAUCCAGGCGUUGUUGAGGGAAAAAGAAUAUCAAAUCAACUACGCUUCCCCGAAAGUCUAUCGCUUUUCUCAUAAAUCUUACAACAUUCGUCUCAUUGAGGGACCAAAUGCCGAGUAUCGACGAUGGAAUUUCAACGAGGAACCUACUGAGAGAAAAGCGAUCAUUUUUGUGGUAGAUUCAACAAAACGGAGGGAAUCAGAAAUAUUUGAGGCAAAAAACGAGUUACGGCGCGUGCUGCGCUUUCGUCAUUUCUCAAAGGCGCCAUGCUUGAUUUUAGCAAACAGAAUUGAUCGACCGGAAGCGAUUCAACUUGAUCGCGGUCAUUUUCCGAUGUUUGCUGAUUUCCCAAAUUUAAAAAUUGGGAAAUUCUAUCAAUACGCCGUUUCCGGUGGUGAUGUGGCUGAUUCGAGUAUUUUGGCUGGAGGCAAGUACUUGAGUCGACAAAAGAUGAAAGGCCGGCCAUUGUUCGCUUUUCUGAAAGAAGAUGUUAAAGAAUCAAUCAUCGACUAUAUUUUUAUCGAUGUUGAAUGGGCUGAGUAUGACAUGUUGAAGUUGUUGUUGAGUGAGAAUGCGGCGAAAGAAGGGGUUACACUGUGUCAGGUGAACAUCGAAGUCCACGUGGCUCAAAACGAUAAUCAGAAAGACGAAUUUCAUCGUUUCAUCCGAUCCCUUCUCGAGGAGGGAUUUUAUGUGUUGACUUAUGAUGAAAUGGCGGCCGGUCAUCACAGAGAGAUGCAAUUCCUGAAGAAGAAUUGUACGACACCAGGAGCCACUGUUGGUGACUUGGAAACGUACAACUUUGUUGAUUAUAUGAUAACGAUUGAUGGAUUAGAAUAUGAAUCUGAUGGAUCGAAAUGCGGGGAUUUGAUCGAACAAUUGGUCAAUAUGCCGGAAGACCAAGACGAGUACAACUAUUAUCAAGAUUGUUAUAUGGAUUCACCACUUGAUGAAUACAAGAAAAGCUCGUUAAAUCGUCGAAUGCAACGAAAGACAAAGAAAAAUCGAAAGAGAGAGCAUUUGAUGAGGAAAAGGAUGACGAGAAAUCGUGUGAAGAGAGAAAAUCCAGCGGAAGGUUUCAACUACGGUUCAACGGACACCGAAUACGGUUAUCCUUGUUGGAAUGAGCUUCUCCUCACCGCUUGGGCGAAACGUCCAGAAGUGUUGAAAGCUCUUCACAUUGAUCAAGCUUGGCAAGACGCUAAACUCGAAUGGCAAGAUUGCAAUGAUCCAAUGUAUGAUGGAUACAACACGUACACGGCGAAAAGUGGAGUGAUUUUCGAUUUGAUGACUGUAAAGGGUGCCGGUCAUUUCCCUUCAACAGAUCGACCCGGACCGGCGCGGCAAUUCAUUGUGAAUUUCAUGUGGACCGGGGAAAAUGGAAAGUCCAACUAUAGCUCUGAAGAGUUCGUCGAUCGAUGGGCCGAGUUUUCUCCGCUUGAAGAUGCGAAAAUCAUCUCAAAAAUGAUUCAAAGUGGGAUGGCUGCACAAGAGAUUCGUCGGCAAGAGACUCGGCAAGAGACUCGACAAACCGACACGAUGCGCUCGAAAAAGAGCGAAUCGUUUAUGGACAAGCUUUCGGGAACUUUGUCACGAAAGAAAAAAGAUGGAAAAGAUGCGGGAGAUGCGCCGGGGAAACCACAAGAUCCACAAGAACAAGAAGGGAAAGAAGUUAGCCAGCUUGAUCACGAUGGGCGUGAGGCGCUCGACUACGCGUUGAUUCCAGCCGUUUCGAAGAAGAUUGAGAUUGCUGAAGGAACUGAGCGUCGCUUCUUGACGAGAGAAUCCAGCGACGAUCCUCGGGUUCACGAGGUCGUUCGUCUGCUUCUUGGUUGGAUCAAUGACGAGGUGGCUGAGGAGAGAAUUGUUGUGAAGAACAUUCAAGAUGAUCUCUAUGACGGUCAAGUCUUGCAAAAGCUUAUUGAGAAGCUCGCUGGGAUUCGGAUCGAAGUGCCUGAGGUUUCUCAAUCCGAGGAGGGACAACGACAGAAAUUGGACAUUGUUGUCUCGACAGCGAAUCGAAUUUUAACCCCCGGACAGUAUGAAAACGCUCAAUGGACUCCUGAAAUGAUUCAUCAAAAGGACAUCGUGGCAAUCAUUCAACUCUUGGUUUCAUUGGCUGUUCAUUUCCGAGCACCCGUUCGUUUCCCAGAGCACGUCAAUGCUCAGAUCCUGCUCGCUCGCAAGGAAAAUGGUCAGGUGAAAACGCGUUACGCAACGGAGAUUCUCACCGAGAAACAAGAAGAACUUUGCCCAAAGGGUGAACGAGACGCUUUUGAUACUCUUUUCGACUACGGACCGGACAAAUUGGCUCACGUCAAGGGAUCUCUAUUGGCUUUUUGCAAUAAACAUCUUAACAAAAUCAAUUUGGAGGUUUCCAACAUUGAAACUCAAUUUCAAGAUGGGGUUUUCCUCGUUUUAAUGAUGGGACUCUUAGAGGGAUAUUUUGUUCCAUUGCAUCAUUUCCAUUUACAGGUGUCCACUCAUGAGGAGAAAAUGAAAAACGUGCAAUUCGCCUAUCAAUUGAUGGAACAAGUCGGAAUCAAGCCGAGAUCUCGGGUUGCUGACAUCGCAAACGAACGCAUCGAAAAAGAUAAGGCUUUCAAUGAGCAUGAGGCGGCCAUACGUGUUUUCCAACGAGCUGGUAUAUACGAGGCGUAUGCUCAAACAGCAAUCACUGUAGGUGAGGUUAAUCAAAUUGACCAAGAGCGAACCGAACUUCAUCGAGACGAAACAGAAAUGGUUCUCCUGCCCGGAGCCGAACAUUUCGACAUUGAGCUUUGGGAGCAAACGGGAACUCUCGAUGGCCCGGCGAGGACGAGUUUUCAAGAGACCAGUUCACAAACAGAUCCACAACCAAGCAGCUCAUGC